AUGCUUCCCUCUCCCUCUACCCCCUUCCAACAGACGACGCAGAAUGGUGAAGACAGCCUACCAGAUGACGUGAACAUUCAUUACCAAAACAUGGAGGACCCGGCCAACGUCCGAACGAAGACCCCCGCGGAAGACACUCAAAACCACAAUCGUGAGAGCAAGCUGGAAUCACAGGCGUCAAUACAGGAAAAAAAAAAGACUCAGAACGGCUGUGGAGCAAAGCGCGGUGAAAUGGUAAUCACUUUGCUUGAGGAUGUGGCCGAAUCGAGUGACAGAAAAAGAUGCCCUCCGAGAGUCUGCAAAAGGCUCUCCUACAAAAACCAAACCAAGUACGGCUGCAAAACCGAGGCCUUCGGCGAGAUCAGUCAGACUACUAUUUUCCCAAUUAACGACCGCAGAGGAUUCACAUGUGAUUCUCCGAAUGGUCACAUUAAUAAUCGCCAGGAAAAAUCCAACGGCAAACAGCACACCGAUACGGGAAUUCUCAGGGUUGCCACAAUUAAGACGCAUCACCAUUGUAACGGGGGCUAUCACGUAACCGAGGUGAAAAGGAAUCCUGCUGAGAAUAUUGUUCAAGCAGAGAGCUUUAGCACUAGAAAGAAAAUUGGCGUCAGAGGUUCCCCGCAGUUCAGGCUUUCAACCGGCGCCCGAACAAAGUUCAUCCAGACCUCCUCCUCUACUGUGAACGUCUCGGCAGUGGUCAAGAAGGGCGAGGUCGCUUACAUGUUAAUGGACAAUAAGGCGAGCGUUGUCGGGGUUGGCAACGCCAACGGCCCGAGGGAUCCCACGACACCGGAACACACCGAUAAAAAGUGGCUUUCUCCUCAGGAAGUAGUUCAAAAAUUUGGCUCUUCUUUGACGGACUAUGAGAAAAAGGAAAUUCUCUCGUACAAGAAAAUCUGGUACUUUGGUUCUGGAGCCGCUAAAUCUUCCAGCACAGGUGACAGCUACAACAACGGUUUCGACAACAAAUGUGGAGAAUACAAAACGGUUCUACAUGACCACAUUGCCUAUCGGUAUGAAUUAAUCAAGACAAUAGGAAAAGGAGCUUUUGGUGAAGUUCUAACGGCGUUUGACCACCGCGAACAGAGACACGUGGCUUUAAAAAUCAUCCGGAAUAGGCCAAACCUCCACGAACAGGCAAAAGUUGAAGUACAGAUGCUCAGGACCGUAGAAAAGCGGGAUCCUCUCGGAAAAAAUUUCACCUUGCGAAUUUUUGAUGACUUUACCUUUCGCAAUCAUCCCUGUAUAGUCUUUGAACACAUUGGCGCAAAUCUAUACGAAGUUCUGAAGAGGAAUGAGUUUCGUGGAUUUCCAGUGAGGGUUAUCAGGAAAAUGUGCCGCUGCGUUCUAAAGUGUCUUGCUAUUUUAAGUGACGAGGAUAUUGUACACUGUGAUCUAAAGCCAGAAAACAUUCUCAUUGUUCCUGGAAAUAAACCCUACGUUAAAUUAAUCGACUUUGGUUCCAGCUGCAAGGAACCAGAACAAAUUUACAAUUACAUCCAAUCGCGCUACUAUCGUGCCCCAGAGGUGAUUCUUGGUCUUCGAUACACAAAGCUGAUUGACAUGUGGAGCCUUGGCUGCGUGGUAGCGGAACUUUACACAGGCGAGCCUCUUUUCCCUGGAAAGGACGAAAAUGACCAACUCCGCUGCAUUGCCGAACUUCUUGGUGAACCUCCUGCAAGCAUGCUUCAGGAUUCUACUGUUUUGGGCAAAAUGUCGGGUGCGUAA